AUGAAUGCUGAAAACUUGAAGAAUUUUUGUGUUGUAGAUAGUGGCAAGAGAAAGUUCAUAACAGAUGAGAUAGCAAGGCUUGGGAAAGGAAACAUUAGCUCUAAGAUAAUUUCUUAUCGUGAGAUAUGUGCUGCAACUCAGAACUUUCACGCUGACAACAUGAUUGGUGAAGGAGGGUUUGGGAGGGUAUACAAAGGACACCUUAAAACCACUAAUCAAAAUGUUGCUGUGAAGCAACUUGACAGAAAUGGAUUUCAAGGAACCAGAGAAUUUCUUGUAGAGGUUUUAAUUUUGAGCCUUUUGCACCAUCCUAAUCUUGUCAACUUGAUAGGGUAUUGUGCUGAAGGAGAACAUAGAAUUUUGGUGUAUGAAUACAUGGUCAAUGGUUCUCUAGAAGAUCACUUACUUGACUUACCUGAAGGAGCAAAGGCUUUGGAUUGGCAUACCAGAAUGAAAAUUGCAGAAGGUGCAGCAAAAGGACUUGAAUAUCUGCAUGACCAAGCAAAUCCUCCAGUGAUAUAUCGUGAUUUCAAAGCAUCAAACAUAUUGUUAGAUGAAAACUUCAAUCCAAAACUCUCUGAUUUUGGACUUGCAAAGCUUGGUCCAACAGGAGACAAAAAACAUGUGUCUACCAGAGUGAUGGGAACGUAUGGAUAUUGUGCUCCUGAGUAUGCAUCAACAGGGCAAUUGACUACAAAAUCAGAUGUCUAUAGCUAUGGAGUGGUGCUUUUGGAGAUGAUCACGGGAAGAAGAGUCAUUGAAUAUUCAAGACCAGAAGAAGAGCAAAAUUUAGUUCUUUGGGCACAACCACUCUUAAAAGAUAGGAAGAAGUUUACACAAAUGGCAGAUCCAUUGUUAAAAUGCGAGUAUCCUGUAAAAAGUUUAUACCAAGCUUUAGCAGUGGCAGCAAUGUGUCUCCAAGAAGAAGAUGAAACUCGACCUUUAAUCAGUGAUGUAGUUACAGCAGUUGAAUUUUUGGGAAGGAAGAGAGUAGAAGAGGAUGAACCACAACCCACCAAAAAAAUUACUUCUACUGAAGAAGAAGAAGAAGAUAGUAAUGAAGACAAGCAAUCUCAUAAAGAUCGAGACGACAACCACAAUGAUCAGAACCAAGAUGAAGAAAAGAAGAAUUGAUCAAAAGUAGUAUCAACAAAAUUCUGAAUAUCCAUUCAUUUUCAAAUGAUAACCUUCAUUUUCUUAUGUUGGAAGAUAUAAGAACUUCUCUUCAUGUAAUCAAGACAAAAAAC